AUUUCUACAACUGCAUCUCUCUAUCUGUUUUCUGAAUCUCGUCUCCAGAUUCAACUUUUAUACUCCCUUAAUUAAUUCCCUUGUAUUAGAGAAAUGGAAAUGAUGAAGAAUAAAGAAAACAAGGAGCUCUUUCAUGUUGUUCAUAAGGUUCCUUCAGGUGAUGGCCCUUAUGUUCGGGCCAAGCAUGCUCAGCUGGUAGAGAAGGAGCCAGAAGCAGCAAUAGUAUGGUUUUGGAAGGCAAUAAAUGGAGGAGACAGAGUGGAUAGUGCCCUUAAAGACAUGUGUGUGGUCAUGAAGCAACUUCAUCGAACUGAAGAGGCUAUUGAAGCCAUCCACUCUUUCAGAUCUCUCUGCUCCCAACAAGCUCAAGAGUCCCUCGAUAAUGUUCUCCUCGAUCUUCUAAAGGUAUCCCUAUUGAAUUACUAUAUAUUAUCUUUUUCCUUUUUGCCAUGCCUUAGAACGGUAAAGUUGUCUCCGUGUAAUCCAUAUAUAUGUCACGAGUUCGAGAUGUGUAAGCAGUCACUAAUACUUGUAUUAUGGUAGGUUGUCGAUCUAUAACACAUUUCCCUGGGGCGCGGCCGUUUCACAAACCCUGCGUGAACGUAGGACGCUUUGUGCAUCGGGUUGCCUUUUUUUCUCUUUUUUUGUCACCAUUAGAUAGGCCGGUAAAGCACUUUACUCUUAGUAAGUUUACUGGAUGAGAAUCCAAAUUUUUGGAAUAUUGGACAAUAAAACCAAAAAAGAAUUAGGGGAAAGGGAUAAGGGAAGUGACGUUCCAAUUCCCAGUAACUAAUUCACUUAGAUUGUCACCUCAUAUAAUGAACAUGGGAACGUAUUAUAACAUUAUGGGCAAAAGCUUGAUGAAUAUAGAUAAUGUCGACUAUUCAUUAUACUAGAAAAAGGUUGAUGUGACUGUUUACCCGAAAAAUCGGAUAACGUUGAAUUUAUGUAUGGUUCUAAGGGCAAGUAGAUUCCUUUGAUCUGAAAAUAACAAUACACGUAUUUAUAGUGCAAAAAUAGAAGAUGAUGAACAAAAAUAUUUAGUGAGCUUUAGAAAGAUAAACACAAUGAAUUCUUAAUCCCAGCCAAGAUGCCUUCUAUUACAAUCUAUCUUGCCUUUUAUAGCCAAGGAUCACUACUUUAUCUAUAGCAACAUGAUGGAAUAAUAUUACUAGUGGAGGACCCAUGAUGGUGUGUCUCCUCCUUAAUUUCCGCAGAGAUUCUCUCCUUUGGUGCGGUUAUAACAGCUUUUUGUCUGUGAACUCGAUACCGACUCGAGCUCGGUAUCGGAUCGGAACCUCGGCCUUGGUUUCGAGCUAGGUGAUCACUUUCGGGCAUCGAUGUUCGGGACCUGUAUCGAUCGAUGUUAUGUCGGUCGAUUCGAACGCCCCGAGCUCGACGCCCCCAUCUCGAAAUUCGUUCGGGGUCUCCAUGAAGAUACCCCUUAAUUGAAAUGCCAUCCUCGAUCGAUCUUCAUGACCGAGAAUCGGUUUUAACCAUAUACAGAUAGCCCCCUCAUUUCUUGGAAAAUGAAACUUCGACCGUAAGUGAUCCAUGUUUGCUUUUCGUGUCUUUUUCCGUAU